CUAGCCCGCCAUUUGCACUACGUCACUUCCGCCGCACCCCUUCCGGGCGGGAUGGCGCGCGGGCGAGGGAAGCUGGCGGGCGGCGACCGCGGAGCAUCCUCUGUCAUGCCGGUGGCGGCUGCGGCGGCCGAGGGAGCCGCGGAGGUCCGCGGAAAGGCGCUAGAGGAGGCGGUGAACCGCUGGGCCCUGCUCUUCUACGCCCACCAGGCCAUGCAGGCCUUUCGGGCCGGGCGCAGCCGGGACUUCCGCCAGCUGCGUGACGUCAUAAAUGCUGUGCUUGCGCGGCCCUUAGCACUAGAGCAAUAUAUUCUCCUUCAACUGCGGAUUAUCCAGUUUCUGUCUAGGAUUGAAGAAGAUUGGACCAUUGAUACCGAGACCAAGUUAACACCUCUUGAAUGUGCCUUAGCUCUUCUGGAGAAGAUGCAGAAUGAAUUGGACAUAGACAUCAGUGUAAUAGAAGAAAUAAGACAAAAAAUAAAGGAAGCUGCUGUUAUUGCCUGCCUUAAGAACAAAGAAUACAAACAAGCCAACAAAAUCUUGAAGACGCACAUGUCAAAGGACCCCAGUUCCCAGAAAAUGAGGCUGCUGUUGCAGAACAUCAUCAGAGAAAGGAAUUGUGCUCAUCCGACCGUCUGGAACUUCUCCUAUAAAGCUUUCCAGCAGAGAAUACUUCUGUUUUUUGAAAGCUACUUAGAUGUUUCUGACCCCUUUCUCUUAGAGAUGGCAAAAAAGAAUUUGGGUGACAAGAUGGAGACCAGGCUCAAUCCUGUGGCAGCAGCCCGUGAGGAGAUGGUGGUAUCGGAGCCUGUGGAAGAAGCUCCUGAGGUGGCGGCAGCAGACCAUGAGCCUGUGGGGAGCUCUGAGGAGGCUUCAGCAGAGCCCAGGCCCGAGGGAGGGCCCAGUGAUGUGGUGGAGGAACGGCCAAAGCCUUUGGAGGGAGGCCGCAGAGCAGCUGCAGGGCCUUUGCUGGAGGCAGGAGCAAGCAAAAGGGGAGCUGCUUUGGAACUUGCCACAGUGGCUGAUGAGAGUACAGCAUCUUCAGAGCCUGCGGGAGAAGCCAGGGGGACUGCAGAGCCUGCGAUGGUUGUUGUUGCCUCCGUGUCAGCAGCUUCCAGGGACUUGGACAGAUGCCCACCUAAGAGGCCAACCUCCCACGGAUUUUCAGCUCUGAGAGAAGCUUUCAAGAUUCUGUCCAGUUUCCCAGACGCUGAUGAAGAAUUUUCAAAACUGGAUGAGGCAGAUUGGACCUGCCCCAAGCCUCACUCAGCUUCUGCUUUCCAGGCAGCCAAGUGCCAGAGGGGAGGGGGGGAGCAGGAGGAGGAGGCCUCUGGGACCCUCUCCCUGGUGCAGAGCACUGAAUGCUCCAUAAGCAGGCUGGUUAUGGGGUCUGGGGGCAAAUACUGCUGGAACCCCCCCAGUGCCUCCCCAGCAUCAUCCAGGAGGCCUGUGGUGACUUUGACUGUCCAGCCGGCCCAGCCCCAAACAUCCACCCAGCCUGCUGGCUGCAAGCAUCCCAGAUUAGCCAAGAAGAGGCUGAUGUCUUCAGUGCAGCACGGAGAGAAGGAGGUCUGGAGUGACGAGGAUGAGAUCUUCAACCAGAAAUCAAAGAGGAACAGUGGCGGUGGCAGCAGCACCAACACUUCCAUCUGCAGCACAAAGAAGAAGAUUUGGACUUCAGAGGAGUCAAGGUGGAUUAAGGCUGGCGUGAAGAAAUUUGGGGAAGGGAACUGGAAAGCCAUUUUUCGUGCAUACCCCUUUGAAGAGCGGACUCCAGUGAUGAUCAAGGACCGUUGGCGGACCAUGAAGAAGCUGGGACUCCUGUGACCGGGAAGAAGGUUGUUGAGGCGAGCGCUUGCGCUCCGAAGCUAUGUGGGAAAGAGUGGGCCAGAUAUACUUUUGCUGUGGGGCAGCGUGCUGAAGACCUGGCAGUCCCUCAGAUAGCAUUGCAGGAGGCCUCUCUUCUGCUUCUCAGGGUCAUUAAGAAGAAACUCCAUGCCGUUUGGUUUGGCAAUAGCACUCAAUGUGCUCCAGGGCAGGACAAAAGUGUUGCUAGUUGUUCUCCAGUUGGGACAGACUGUUCCUGUUGUUGUUGUUUUUCCUGUUGGUGUUUUUAGCCGCUGCCCAAAAUGUGGUAGUGGAGUGAAGGUCUUCUGAAAAAAGGCUGAAAUGCAUUCCACGAUCCUUGUUUUCUAAAGAAUGCAACAAAUAGACUCUUCCUCGUGCUUGGGGGCAGGGGGUUGGUGGACCUAGCACUUUGGUUUGAUUGCAAGAUUUUCUGAAACAUUAAAAAAUGUUCUAUCUAAUCUAGAGGUCCAUGAGAUGGGAAAACCUAGCUGGUGGGUCUUUGCUUAGAUCUAGGCCAGCAGUUUUGUGUGUUGCAAAAGUUUUCUCUCCUUGAGCUCCGUACACUUCCUCUUCUCAAGCGCAAAUACGAAGGGGACAAGGGUCGAUGCAGAAACGCAAAGCCUUCAGUUACCAAGAUCAAAAGUGGCUGUGCCCUCUUUGCAGCUGCUGUCAGAUGUCACACGUGGCUCCAGCCAUCGAGAGACAGUGGGAUGGAAUGUGGCCAAUGUGGUCUCUGUUGUAUGGGCUGCUGCUUUCAGCUUCAUGAGAUCUCAGUGCUGGGCUCCUUGUCAACGCGAUAAACGGAGUUUUCUUCACUUAGUUGUAUGUGGUGAAUAGGUAACUACAAUAGGCCCCUGCUCUAUUCGGCAUAAAUAUUCUCCAUAUGAAUAUUCAGACAAAAACUACCUGGUGACUUUAUCACAGCAAAAGUAUUGUUAACAAUUCAGCCUUCCUCUUCUGUGGUUCUGCGUGUACAGAAGCUUCUAUAGACCCCAACAAGUUCCUACCUAUUAAUGUGCUGGAGUGCCAGAAAUGAUUCUAGGGUUUAUGUGCCUUUCAGAUUACUCUCUUCUCUCAUAGUCUCUGCCACCCUGCUUCAGUUCCUUCUGUAUUUGGAAUAAAGCAUGCCAAUUCAGUAU